AGCGCGCAGCCACGUCUAGCUUAGAUCGCGCCGCUCUGUCUCUUUAGUCCCGCCGCCGUGGCAUUCUUUACACUACUCUUUCCUGCUUCCUGCCGGCGAAUGCGCAACCAAGAACAUCGACUCAUGCCGUGUGUGGUGUGUGAGAUAGGAGGUGCUAGCGCUGGACAGCUCGUCGCGGCCCGUCGAGCACUCAGGUGCCUCAGGGGUGUCUCCGGCGGCUGGGGGCAAAGUGCCGUGGAUGUUGCUGUGUUGCUCUCGCUGUCCCGCUUCGAGCUCCCCCUCACCGCUACCUCCAACCCCUCUCGCCCCAUGAGCCUGUGUAUGCUCGGCCUGCCCGGCUGCGCCGUCGCUCCAGCCUACGCCGCACCGCCCGCCAUCUGGUACCCGCAGCAGGCCGCCGCCAUUCCCGCCAGCAUGGGCGGCAGCUCGUGCAUGGAGCUCCUCACGUUCCUCAGCUUCGUGCUGGGCCUCGUGAUGCUGCUGAGACCAGAUCUCAUUCCAAAGCUUCCUGCGCCGCCCGCACCCGCACCCUCGCCGCCGCCCGCCGCAGCCUCGCCUCCAGCACCGAAGCCCGCGCCUCCAAAGCCCGAGGACGAGGCAAAGAAGCUGGAAGAUAGCGUCAAGAAGGUGCUCGACGCCGCUGAGAAGGCGAAGGCCGAGAAGGCCAAGAAAGACGCUGAAGAGAAGGCGAAGAAGGACGCAGAGGAGAAGGCAAAGAAAGAGGCGGAGGAGAAGAAGAAGAAGGAGGAAGGGGCCAAGAAAGGCGAGGAGAAGAAAGGUGGCGACGAGAAGAAGGGCGGCGGAGAGAAGAAGGAAGAGAAGAAGGAUGCAGCGCCGGCGAAAGGUGAGCCAACCUGCGCUCGAUGUGCUCAGCUUGCACUGACACGGCGACGCUCGCAGCACCCGAGAAGAAGCCGUGCGGCUUCUUUGCGGACCAGCGCGUGUGGGUCACGCAGAACGGCGGGCAUUGGUGAGACUGGUCCAGGCUCGAUGGCAUUGCAAGUCGAUUGAUGAGCAUUGCCCGCAUAGGUGGGGCGUGCUCGUGAGCCAGAAGAAGGAGGGCGAGUGGUACGGCGUCAAGGUGAGGGCGCAGCGGUCGCAGGCCGGCGCGAAUGCUGACCGCGUACGCAGAUCGUGGACGCCGGUCGGACCAAGUGGGGCGGGCCGGACUUGGCGACGGUGCCGUUCAACGCCAAGACGGCCGAGUGAGUCGACCGACGAGUGUUGCAUGACUGCCGUGCUGAUGUGUGAC